AUGUCGUCCGAGCCAGUCGCUGCGGCUUUAGAAGCCGACGGCAGGUUGCCUACAAUUCCUUCUCCGCGACCUAGGCGUAGGGUACGGAAGGGUACAAAAAGCUGCUGGGAGUGCAAACAUCGCAAAAUAAAGUGCAUUUUCAAAUUGCCCACCGACGAGACGUGUAUGCGAUGUGCAAGGCGCGGUGCGCAAUGCGUUGGCCAAGAACAUCCGGAAGUAUUGACGACGUCUCUCGACCGGAGCUUGCAGAUGGGCGACCGCGUCGUCCGGAUUGAAACUCUUGUCGACCAACUGUUGAGAGAGAGACCGGCCGAGUCAACAGCAUGUCGCCCUUCCUCUACGCCAAAUAUCGAUCCAAUAAACGACAACCAAGCGGGAAACCGUCCCUUGAACCCUGUGGCCUCACCCGCCUCCGGGGUCACCGGCCGUGAGCCGUCGCCCAGCGUCUUGCCCGAUGUGCGUGCACACAGCUUUCAAGUUCUUGCUCAGGAUCAUGGUGAUUCGCCGUCCCGGGCGCCUCGAGUUUCGCUAGCGAAUGGGUCGGGGCAUGCAGGACUCUCACAGGCACUACGUAAAUAUCUUCCUUCGCGUGAGGAGAUUCAGAUGAUCGCCAAAGCAUCCAGUAGCACGUCCUCCAUGUUCUAUCAAAUGCAAACAGUGCCGUACAGUGCUCUCGAUGAUACGACGUCUAUUGAUAGCAUUUUCGCGACACCCGGGCCCGAGGCGCAUCCGGUUCUGAUAGCUCGGCACAUGCUCUACCUUGCUACCUCAUUACAGCACCUUCACCCUGAAUUCCACCAAGAUAUUAGAGGACUAUCGAAAGCACCUGAUGAGAUGAGGCAUAGCUUGGUAGAAAUUGCCAGUGACAUGGUUAUAGCUAGAGAUGAGUUAGUCGACAACAUCGAAGGGCUUGGCUGCGUUAUCAUGGAGAGCUGGUAUCAUGCCAACGACGGAAAAUUACAGAAAGCCUUGAUAACAGUGCGGCGUGCCAUAACUAUCGCUCAAGUCAUGGGAUUUCACCGUAAAGGGAACGCACGAUGUACAAUCGUCAGUCCUGAGACCAGUGCAUACCCAGAUCUCAUGUGGUUUCGAAUGCUUGCUCAUGAGAGGUAUCUGUGUCUCAUGCUAGGCGUGCCACAGAGCACACUCGAUCAAAGCAUGGCAUCUGAUGUGAUGCUUUCAGGCGAUACCCCUAUGGGACGGCUUGAUCGCAUUCACUGCGUGAUUGCAUGCCGGCUUCUUGAGCGCAACCAGACAGACCCAGAAGAAGAUGAUUACGCUUUGACACAGGAACUAGAUGAGCGGCUACAGAUCGCUUCCAGCCAUAUGCCAUCAGGCUGGUGGCUCACUCCGAACCUAGCCACUGGCGCUCAUCAGCCCACUGCGUUGUUUUGGUACAUGCGGCAGCUCUUUCAUCAACUCUUUCACCACAGCCUCCUUGUACAGCUUCACUUACCGUAUAUGCUACGUCCUUCUGGAGGUGGCCAACAGUAUGCGUACUCACGACUAACAUGCGUCAACUCGUCUCGUGAGAUCCUCUCGCGCCUCAUCAUGUUUCAUAGCUUCAAUCGCAUUGCUUUCUCUUGUCGCACAGUUGAUUACUUCGGGCUAAUGGCUGCAAUAGCGCUUCUGAUAGCGCACAUCGAAAGAAGCCAGUGCAGGCUGGGCUCACACCAGCGACACGGCGCCUCCUCGGGUAUGACAGAGGGGUUGUUGACGCAUCAACGCCCUUGCGACCGUGCGCUUGUACAGCAGGCUCAGAUAAGCAUGGCAGAUGCUAACCUGUUGUCAGCCGACACAACGAAUGCGCUAUGCUCGGACUAUCCAGAGGGAACCCCGUCGUUUUCCCCAUCAAAUACGGAUGCAACUAUUCAACUGACUAUCCCGUUUCUAGGUAUUAUUAACGUCACCUCGAAAGCUAUCACCCCGAAUGAUAUCUUUGGAGACACUCAAUACUACCUUGGUUUGAUCCCUCGUGCGCACUGCAGGGGCCGUGAGACUCACCUACGUCCGAGAUACCGGUAA